GAAAAAGAGCUUGCCCUGGUGAAAGUAUGGCCCGUAUGGAGAUUUUUGUGUUCCUUACAACACUGUUGCAAAACUUCCAUCUGAAAACGCCCAAGCAGCGGGAAGAAAUUGACAUUGCACCAGGAGUGGAAAGUAAUGGACACGCUCCCCGGCAUUAUCAGCUUUGCGUGGUUCCAUGGUGA